AUGAAAAUCAUAAUAACUUCUGCUCUUCUGAUUGGUGUAUGUUAUUGCGUAGGAGAUCAGUCGUAUGCGGUCCGAGGAAAACUCAUCUGUGGACCGAAACCUGCCACGAAUGUCAGAAUAAAACUUUGGGAAGAGGACACAGGGCCAGAUCCAGAUGACUUGCUCGAGGCGGGUUAUACCGAUUCCAACGGUGAAUUCCGUCUCAGUGGUGGAACGUUCGAAAUGACUCCUAUUGAUCCGGUAUUCAAAGUCUAUCACGACUGCGACGAUGGAAUAAAGCCGGGCAAACGAAAGGUGAAAUUCUAUCUGCCAAAGUCGUACAUCACUCAAGGAAAAACA